CGAGGUCUCCGUUGCAACUCAUCGGCGCAGAGAGAGAGAGAGAGAGAGAGCGAGGAGGAGGCGACGAGGAAGAUGCCGUGCCUGAACGUGUCGACGAACGUGAACCUGGAGGGCGUGGACACCUCCGCCAUCCUCGCCGACGCCUCCAGCACCGUCGCCGCCAUCAUCGGCAAGCCGGAGGCCUAUGUGAUGGUUGUUCUCAAGGGUUCAGUGCCCUUGGCGUUCGGCGGUACCCAGGAGCCUGCAGCCUAUGGUGAGCUGGUUUCCAUCGGAGGGCUGAACCCUGAUGUCAACAAGAAGCUGAGUGCCGGCAUUGCAUCGAUCCUGGAGUCGAAGCUGUCCAUCCCCAAGUCCCGCUUCUACCUCAAGUUCCACGACUCAAAGGCCCACCGUGCACAAGAACAUGCUCAAUGUUUGCACGCUUUGCAUCAAGAGUAGCUCAUGUAAAUGUCC